GGUACAAAUGUCCACUAACGUCAAACUUCAGGCGGCACCUUGGUGUACGUGGCCAGAUUACCUUACCACUUCAACAGCCUUGAAUUUCGGGAGCUUUGGAGGUUUCGUGUAUAAUCAGUGUACGCCAGACGCUAUUAAAUGGGAAUUCGCGAACGCUUCAAUACGUAACAGCAAGCCGGAGAUUUAUCAACUUUCCCCAAUUGUCCAGACCUUUCCGCAUACGCGUCGAUAUAGCCCAAUAAACUUUAAUGCAAAUAUAAGAACAGCAAAAGAAUAUGCCACACAAUCUGCACAAUUUCUGCAGAGCACUAAUCCAGAAUUCGAUGUUCCGCAAGAAUUUAUGAAGGGAAUUUUUUUUAAAGAAGCUUACAAUGAUUAUAAAAGCGAAAAAUAUGAUCCAUAUAUGAGCAGUCAACUAAUUUCAAUUGGAUAUUAUAAAAAAAGCGCACAAACUUUGAAAAAGUUUAUCGCGUUUCCAAUGGGUAUUGCAGGAACAGACUUAAACCUUAUACCUUUAUCAGAGUCAUAUGAUGAACCAUAUGAUAAAGAACUACAAG